GUUUGUUCGUCGUCACCGUGCUCGUCGUCAUAGCUUGUUCACUCGUCGUUGGAAGAAUUUGCAACUCUAAAUAAUGAACGACACCCACGAGAAACCAUUUAUUAUCGCAAAGUUUCCCGAUGAAGAGAAUGGUGUGGCACUCAUACAUGAGAGCUGGUUAGACGGGGACAUCUGCUAUUGGCCAAAGGACACUGGAAAGAUUCAAUCCUUGGUCAAAAACGGUGAGCAGCCGACGUCCGAGUGGCGGCGACUUCGAUGCAUUCCCAUUGGAUGGUUUGCAUCAUAUGACCAUGCACGGAAGAGGCUUCCUGAGGCUGAGGAGUUGUCAGACCUCUACAGUGAGAUUGAACAGCCGAAGAGGCGGCGUAGGCGAGCCAGGCGCUAUAGCACGGACUCGGACUCUGAUGACAGCUACCAGUUUGCUGUAUCCUUACCACUGCCAUCGCCACCAGCAUCUGCCUCGCCGUUGCAUCCAAAGCAACGUCCUGAUCGUAACACAGAGCUACUAAACCGAUCAACUCUAUGUGGUACUCAAGACAGGAGCCACAACCAGGUCACAAAGGCCCGUCUAGAUCAGUUCAGGAGACACAAGACUGCCAGAUCAGAGUCAGCUCUUCAGUGCAGAGAUCCUCAAGCAAGUGACAGCGCCAUGCCAAGCUGUUCCACAGCAGGAAGUGAUUUCAGGGCAGGAACCCCCCAUUUUAGUGCUGCAACAGGGUUGGUGCCACUCCAAAAUGAGCCUCAGGCAACUCGUUCCGAUCAUGUCACUCCAAAUUUUUUCAAGGAGAUCUUGCGCCUACUGCACAUCAUCCAAUUCAAGCUGAAUGAACAUGCACUGAAGUUAGAGUUGCUAACCACCCUGGUCUCGAACAGCAACGACGAGAACAUUCUUGUCUCAGGCGAAUCCUUUGGGCCCUUCAAUGAACUCGCAACGUUUUUAGACUUUGAUGCUUCUGUGGCAAGCUCCGAAGAGAAAAAAAAACGGCUGAUGGUCUCCUGGGGCAAGUACGGGGGUUCUUCUGGACCUGACAUGACAAGGAGAAUUCUCGUUGGACUGCUUUCCGACGACAUCGCUGUUCAGUACAGCUUCAAGGGGGGUAAAGGCAAGCGCAAGUUUAACGAACUCGCCUGCUGGGAAAUCAUUAAAGAAACUGUUAAAGCGCAGGGUAAGCUUUCUGGUGCCACGGAUUAUGAUGUCGAACAAACAGUUAAGUCAUGGUUGGCCCAUUCAAAGGAGAGACUGGACAAAGCAGCCAAAAAAGUUGGUAUGUCUGUGCCACCAAGCCCGACUGCCUAGCAUGUCUUCCGCAAGCAGGUAGCUCCAGAGAUUUUGGUGUUACUUCUUCGCCAUUAGCCCAAUACAGGAGCAGGUAGCUCCAGAGAUUUUGGUGUUACUUCUUCGCCAUUAGCCCAAUACAGGAGCAGGUAGCUCCAGAGAUUUUGGUGUUACUUCUUUGCCAUUAGCCCAAUACAGGAGCAGGUAGCUCCAGAGAUUUUGGUGUUACUUCUUCGCCAUUAGCCCAAUACAGGAGCAGGUAGCUCCAGAGAUUUUGGUGUUACUUCUUUGCCAUUAGCCCAAUACAGGAGCAGGUAGCUCCAGAGCGACAUCUUUGAAGAAUUUUUACGCCUAAGACGUUGUUACUAGUCAUACGUUUAAUAAAGCAACUUGGGAAAGAUC